AUGUCGAUUAGCGUGGCUCUUCAAUCAGUGGCAUUUUAUGUGCUUUCAUGUAGCACCUGUGCUAAGAUUAAUCAUCGACGCAAAGCAAAAGUGCAAGCCAAGCGCGAACGCGCUGAGAAGCAUGCUUUGGAAACAGAACAGCCGGGCCUUUAUAGGCACCCAUCGCCUUUCAGUACGAAUCCAUACUGGACGGAGGAGAUCAUGAUGGGGCCCGGCCCACCGAAACAGAAGGGUGAAAGUAAGAAUGCAAGUCAGAGAGCUCUGAAUACUGCAGGCCAGGGAAGCAGUUAUGCUGGCAGCACUGCUAUGAGCUCCGAACCCCCAAGUAGUCCAACAAAUGUCACAGAAAAUUCGCGGAUUUCUGGAGACGGGUGGAAUAGGAAACGAUACCAGAGAGAAGACGAGGCACUUUGGGGGCAUGAUAUUCCCGGACCAGGCCAAAGGAUUAUGGAUGCUAUUGCUAGAGCUGGUUCUUCAGCAGGACGUUUAUUAGAAGGACGUCUAAGCAGAAGUGGUCCUGGGAGAGAAGAGGAGGGUCCGUCACAUUAUUAUUUAGCCAAGAAUCCUCCAGUGAACGAUUUGCAUCCUCCAGUGGUCAGCACAGCUCCAUCAAGCCGAGAGGAGACAAGGUGGAUGCUUCAGCCUCCUCCAGCUGCGAAGAUCAUGGAAGGCAAGGAGAGGGUGAACAGAAGUAGAGCAAGUAGUAACGGGAGCAGCCGGAGAGGCGGCGAAGAAAUCCCAUUAAGCCGCCAAGUCACGGAACGGCUCGUCGAUGCAAGACUUCAACGAGGCGAGACACCAUAUUCAGAAGGACGCCCUGUAUCAUCGAAAAACAACCCCAGAACUCUGGCACCAUUGUCCGGUCCAGGCAUGGAACAUUCCCGUGAUAGAAGUAGAAGCCCAUCUAUGGACUCUUCCGGAUCUUCAGAUGCGGGGAUGAGAAGGAAACGAAAGCCACCGCCAAUCUCCAUCUCGAUGUCCAGCAAAAGUUCCCGGGAUGCUGUUGAGCAUAUACCAAUACCUGCAUCAAUUGAGAUGAGAGAACAGUCGGUCAGGCCUAUGCUUAGUACCAUAAUAAGCUCCUCUGCUGCUGUCCCUCAGCUUCCCAUAGAAGAUGAUGGCGCACUGCAACCUACAACCAACAGCGCCAUCAAUUCGAGGGCAUCCUCCCCGUCUCGUCGACUUUCACCCAAUGCGAAUGCUAUGCCAGUAUCAAUCCCAAAAAUGGAAGCAAAAUUUCCUGGGAAUUCAGAUUAUAAGUUCCACCGGUCUACAUCAAUGGAAAAUGCAGAGCCUACUGCCUAG